AUGCAGGGUGCAGUACGUUUCCUGGUCGACGGGAUGCCAGUGGUCGGAGGUCUACUGCUAGGAAGAGAGGUUCGAGUACUACGUGAUACGGGAUGCAACACGGCAAUCGUCCGACGAGAGCUCGUUCCUGAUGUGUGCCUCACAGGCAAGAACAUCGACGUCGUUCUCCUAGACGGAUCAACUAGCCAUCUCCCGGAAGCUGUUGUACAAGUCCACACGCCGUACUUCACAGGGAUGCUGAAAGUGGCUUGUAUGGAUCGACCCCUAUAUGACCUUGUGCUGGGAAAUCUUCCAGGCGUCAGAGGACCGUACGAUCCGGACUCUGACUGGAAGCAGGCGGCUCGUACCCAGGUGGAUGAGUUACCGGCGCAAGCACACCCGACCAAGUCCCCUGUCACCUCAACCACUGUCUCUUCAAGCGUGGCAAAAGCCGAAGCCAAACAACAAGGCCAAGACAAGAUCAAGCCUUUGUACGUGUCAACAACUUUCUUACCUGACGUUACCAGAGCGCAACUCGUCGAGGAGCAGCGAAAGGACCCGACCCUAAAAUCUGUCUUUGCUAAAGUGAACAAAGAGUUCAAAUCGGGAAAGGGUCACAGUUAUGAGUUCAUUGAAGAUAAAGGAUUACUUUAUCGACGCUACCGCCUUGCCACUGGAAGAACCUUUAAACAAAUGGUCACUCCGAAAGUGUUCCGGGUCGGUAUACUGGACAUCGCUCAUGCAAGUAUCAUGGCGGGACACCAAGGCAUCAGAAGAACUACUGAUCGGGUCCUGGAAGAAUUUUAUUGGCCUGAUUUGAAUGGGGACGUCAAGCGCUUUGUCAAGUCUUGCGACAAGUGCCAGAGAACUACCCCUAAAGGAAAAGUUGGAGUCGCGCCACUAGGCAACAUGCCUCUUAUCCGGACACCUUUUGAAAGGGUCGCGGUUGAUUUAAUCGGCCCAUUUUCACCAAGAUCGGACCGUGGGAACCGAUACGUUUUGACACUCAUCGAUUUUGCUACUCGUUACCCUGAGGCUGUAGCAUUGCCCGCAAUCGAUGCAGUUCACGUUGCGGAAGCACUCGUCGAGAUUUUCUCCCGCAUCGGCUUGCCAAAGGAAAUGGUAACUGACCAAGGGGCAAGUUUCACCUCAGAAUUAAUGAAAGAGGUUAGCAGGCUUCUCUCCGUGAAGAUGCUAAAGACGACCCCAUAUCAUGCGAUGGCGAACGGUCUCGUGGAGAAGUUCAAUGGCACCCUCAAGACAAUGCUAAAGAGAAUGUGCCAAGAGAGACCUCGAUCUUGGGACAGGUACCUUGCUCCACUGCUAUUUGCAUAUAGGGAAGUCCCACAGGCAAGCCUCGGGUUCUCUCCGUUUCAACUCAUUUACGGCCGCCACGUCCGAGGACCGCUAACCGUGCUGAGAGAACUGUGGACAAAUGAGGGGCUAGACGCAGAAACGCGGACGACUUACACCUAUGUCUUUGAUUUGCGCAAUCGCCUAGAGGAGACUUGCAAGAUAGCACAUGAACAGCUGGAGAAGGCUCGUGCGAAGCAAAAAACCUACUAUGACAGGAAAAAUCGCCCUAGAAAACUAUGCCCAGGCAACAAGGUUUUAAUUCUGCUGCCGACUGACUCCAACAAGCUGUUAAUGCAGUGGAAAGGGCCGUUCCAGGUCAUCGAACGGAUAAACGAUGUUGACUACGUCAUCGAUGUGUCCGGGAAAAACAAGAUUUUUCAUAUCAACAUGCUAAAAAAAUACGAAGAGCGCGAAUCUACGGAACCACAACAGGUGUCAGUUGUUGCAGAGGUCCAGGAAAAUCUCCGCGAAGACGAAGUCAAACAAACGCCCAUAUUGAGCUUGUAUCGCACGCAGUUCAGCACGGAUGUCAAGCUAUCACCACACCUCACUGCUGAACAAGUUCAGAAUGUGCAAGCACUUUUUCAAGAGUAUGCGGACAUUUUUUCUGACUUGCCAGGCAAAACAGCACUCGUGGAGUGUUCGCUGCGUCUGACCUCCGAUAAGCCUGUGCAUGUUCCGCAGUACCCCAUCCCCCUUGCCUUACAAGAAAGCGUAGAAAAAGAAGUGCAAGAGAUGCUGAAACUCGGUAUUAUUGAGCGGUCUCAGUCACCGUACCACGCUCCCAUUGUCGUGGUCAAGAAACCGGACAACACGAUUCGGUUGUGCAUAGACUUCAGGGAAUUGAACAAGAUUCUGGUCCCCGACUGCGAGCCAAUACCACGCAUCGAUGUAGUUCUUGCACUUGUUGGACAAAAGAAGUUUUUCUCCAAAUUUGAUUUCACGAAAGGGUACUGGCAAGUACCGAUGGGUCCCAAGAGUCGUGAAAAAACUGCUUUCUCCAGCAUGUCUGGACUUUAUCACUUCCUCUACAUGCCUUUUGGCAUUAAAACGGCGCCAGCAGUCUUCGCGCGCCUUAUGAGAUCAGUACUGGGUGGUGUCGACAACGUUCACCAUUAUUUCGACGAUGUCAUCAUUGCGACCGAUACUUGGCAAGAGCACAUCGACACCCUCAGACAAGUUUUUGAACGAAUUAACCAAGCUCACCUCACCAUAAAACCAAGGAAAUGUGAAAUAGGAGAGCGAAGCAUAUCAUUCUUAGGACAUCGAAUCGGGGAGACUACAGUUGAACCGCUUCUCAAAACGCUCGACAAGAUUCUUGCCGCAAAACGACCUACGACCAAGAAAGCAGUGCAGUCGUUUCUUGGCUUGACCGGCUAUUACAGGAAGUUUAUACCUAACUACGCCGAACUGACCAAGCCGCUGACGGACCUAACAAGAAAGGGACAAAGCCACACUGUUUCAUGGGGCGCAAUUCAAGAGGAAGCGUUUACGGCACUCAAGAAGAAGCUCGGUGAUGCUCCCAUCCUCCUUGCUCCCGACCUCUCGAAGGAGUUCGUUCUUCGCACAGAUGCCUCCAAUACAAGCCUGGGCGCAGUAUUGCUCCAGAUGGGAAAGGACCAAGUGCUGCACCCAGUUGCUUACGUACGACCCCGGCCACGUCGCGACCCCGGCCACCAGAGCGACCCCGGCCACCAGGUACGACCCCGGCCACCAGAGCUCAGCCUCCGCUAG